AUGUCUUCCGAGAUUGUAUAUAUUCAAACUAUUGAUGACUUGCCAUCACAAUAUACUUCAAAAAAAUUAAAUCUAACAGAUAACUUAUCUGAUGUUCGUAAUAAUAAUAAUAUCAAUAAUACAUUAUUAUUCGCAACAAAAUUAAGCGAUGGAUAUGCUAAAAUAGAAUAUGAAGAUGAAAAAGGUUAUUGUUUAAAUGAAAUUAUAGCAAUCAAAAAUAAUAGGAAUAUUUUAUAUUUAAUGAAAAUCCCAUGCUGGGACAUUUUUAAUGAUAAUUGUAAAUUAGAUUAUGGAUGUACUAUGAGUUUUAAUGGAAUUAAGAAAGCUAAUAAAAGAGCAUUUAAAAUGAAAGAUUGUGAGUUAAAUGAAAUUAAGACUAAGGGAUAUAAAAAAGAUAAACUCGAAUUUGAAUCAAAAGAAGAUUGGAUGAAGAAAACCAAUUUAUUUUUUAGCAGUGAUUUUAACGUACAGAAUUUUGCAGAGCUAGGAUUAUCAUUUGGAAACUCGCAGAAUGAAAAUUUUAAUGAUGAAAUUAAGUCAGUAUAUGAAUAUACACAAGUUGGAAAAGUAACAUUAACAUUUCGAGAACAUUUAGAACCAACAGAAGAAUUUAUUAAAGAAAUAAAAAAUGCCAUAAAAUCUGGUAAUCCAGAAGAAUUUAGGAAAAUUACCGAAGAAUAUGGUCAAUUCAUUCCAACUGAAGUAAUUUUAGGGGGAAGAGUUUAUUUUAAAGACACCAAGAUAUCAUCAAAAAAUUCUGUAGAUAAGACUAAGGAAGGUUCUGCAAAUGUGAAGAUUGGACCAUUAAACUUAAAAUUAGGAGCUAAUUCUAAUAGGUCGAAUGAAAAAUCACAAUUUUACAAUUUUAACUAUAGAAGGUUACUUGGAGGAAGCCAUCCUGAAAGUGAAAAUUUUGACGAAAAAUAUUGGUUAGAAUCAUUAAGAGAUUAUCAAACCUGGGAAGUCAUAGAAUUUAAUAGUCCUAUUAGCAUUUUUCAACUUGUACCUGAUACUUUAUGUAAAAUACCCUUCAAGUCUAUUGGAAAAAAAAUCCUUUAUACUAGUACCAUAAAUUGCAAUUAUUAUUUAAGUAAAUCUAAUAGGUACCGUAAUUUUGAAUUAGAGUUGCCGCGUAAUAUCUUGGAUGUUAUUCAAAAUAGACAAGCUGAUUGUGAUAUCUUUGCAGCAGUUAUUGAUACUGAGGAUUCAAAAAAUAUUUUUUUUAGCUGUCAAAUACUUAAACCAAAAGCAGAAAAGGGGAAACCAGCGAAACCAAGAGUUAUCAUUCAUGGUAUUCAAAAAAAAAUCAAAUCACAUAAAUUUAAAUUGAAAGUUAAGAUAAUGGUUGUUGGUUAUAAUACAAACUUUAAUUUUAUUCUUCCUAAUGUUGAAGUAAUUAAAAAGCGUUAUAUACCGCAAGGUCAGUGCAAUUUUAAUAGUAUGUCAUUAUCAAAACAUGAGUUAAUGACAAAAAAUAUUCCUUUCUUUGGAAUACCUGUAUUUGAAAAUUUGAAUUCUCAAAACAAGUCUCUUGUUAUUGGACAUAAUUUUCGCAAUGUUGAUGACGAACUUAAAAUAGACAUGUAUUCCUAUUGUUCAAAGGAUGGUCGUUACGUUGAUUUGCCAAAAUUUACUUUUUGCACACUCAUAAUAAAUGAUCCUAUUUCUAAUGCUUAUGAAUUACUUCCUUUUAAGUUUAGUAUUUUGAAAAAGAAACCAUUUAUUGAUCUUAAAAAGAAAUUUGUCUCACAUUUAAAUCCAAAAUAUGUUAGUUUGUUAUCAAAAGAUAAUUAUAAACCAUUCUUUUUGAAACAAAAAACUGAACAAAUAAAGCUAAAAUAUGUCGAUUGCAAUUGUGGCAAAACUUGUUUUGUUUGUAUAAACAAAACAUUGGGAAUAUCAAAAAGUGAAAAUGAUAUUGAAUGUAUUAUAUAUAACCUGUUAUAA